AUGUGUACCCUCCUCCCCCUCGGGGCCAUGGACAUCCACCACCUCCGCCGCCGCCGCAGGGGCCUUACCCCCCACCUCAGCACCCUCCACCGGGGUACCAGGGUUACUUCAACGACCAGCAGCGCCCUUACUACCCGCCGCCGCCACCGCAUGGAGAGUAUCAGCAGCAGCACCACCACCACAACCAUGGAAACGAGGGUAGCUCAAGCUCCUCCGGGUUCCUCAAAGGAUGUUUGGCUGCUCUCUGCUGUUGCUGCCUGCUGGAGGAAUGCUGCGGCUGCUUCUGAGAUGUUAGAUACUAUCCGCUAA